CGGAGACUUCAGCUUAAAAUGUGCCCGGAGCAAUGGAAGAACAAUGAGGAGAUAAAAAUAUUCCAGGAGUAUUUACGUAUUCCCACUGUUCAUCCAGAUGUGGAUUAUACUGCCUGCGUGGAGUUCCUAAAGCGACAGGCCAGCAGCCUGAACCUGCCAGUCGAUGUGGUUAUUCCUGUCCUGCCAUCGAAACCUGUGGUGAUAAUGAAGUGGUUGGGGAAGUGUCCCGAGCUGCCAUCGAUUAUUUUGAACUCGCACAUGGAUGUGGUUCCCGUGUUUCCCGAAAAGUGGACACACAACCCAUUCGGUGCCCACAUGGACGAAGACGGUCGAAUUUAUGCACGAGGGGCACAGGACAUGAAGUCAGUGGGAUGUCAGUAUCUGGCCGCCAUUCGGGCACUGAAAGCCAGUGGCUAUCAACCCAGAAGGACUGUGUACCUGACUUAUGUGCCCGACGAGGAGACCGGCGGAGAUAUGGGCAUGGCUGCGCUGGUGAAAGGCGAUUACUUCAAGAACAUGAAUGUGGGCUUCAGCUUGGAUGAGGGCAUCGCCAGCGAGAACGAGUCAUACCCCAUUUUCUAUGCAGAACGCACUUUGUGGCAUCUUCGCCUGAAAUUCAGUGGCUCUUCCGGCCACGGCUCGUUGCUGCUAGAAAAUACUCCUGGUGAGAAGUUCCACUAUGUGUGGGAUAAGCUGCUACAGUUCCGAGAGUCCCAGGUCCAACGACUGGCCAAAGAACCAUCUCUCGACAUUGGCGAUGUGACCACCGUGAAUCUGACUCAGCUUGGGGGAGGAGUUCAAAGCAAUGUGGUUCCUCCGCUUUUGGAGGCAGUCUUUGACAUUCGCAUAGCCAUUACCCAGGACGUGGAUGAGCUGGAGCAGCAGGUUCGUGACUGGUGCGAGGAGGCUGGCGGUGGAGUAGAGCUGGAUUUUAUCCUAAAAUGCCCAUUCGUGGAACCAACCAAGAUAGACGCCUCCAAUCCCUUCUGGCUGGCUUUCAAGCAGAGCCUGGAUGAAAUCGGCCUGAAAACCCGCGUUCGAGUCUUCCCCGGAGCCACUGAUAGCUGCUACGUCCGGGAGGCCGGAAUUCCGGCCCUGGGCUUCUCCCCCAUCAACCACACCCCGGUGCUGCUGCACAAUCACAAUGAAUACCUGCGGGCCGAUACCUAUCUGCACGGCAUUCAGGUGUACAGGAAGCUCAUCCCGGCCAUCGCUGACGCAUAGAAUAUUCGGUGGAACUGGCCUUUGGACUGCUCUGUUCAUACCACAAACACCCCUGAUGAAUCAAACAUGAAUUAAAUACCUUU